ACUGAACUCAUGAUCAUAGUAACUCACCCAACUAAUUAAUAACCCAGCCCGAAAGACAAAAAAAAAAUUGCGAGAAAUCUAUAAUGGGGGAAAGUAGCAAUGGAAGCUCUGGCAAUGGCAAGCUGAAAGACAUACUUCCACAAGCACUUGAUGAUCUUGUAAGUGUAAACUCACUCUUUACAGUAGCUGUGUUUUUAGGAAUUGCUUUUGCAUCUCCAAAUCAACAUAGCCUGGAAACUCACCGACCCCAUUGCGACCCAGACGAGAAAAUGGGAAAACGACUCGUCGUAUCUGAAGUAGUGUCAUUUUCUAGCUUCCUCCUGUCAAGUCUCGUAGCCAAAUCACUGAAAGUUUAUAUCAACAUUUACUAUUCUAAUAAAAAGGCGCAGUCUACCAUGGACGAAGCUCAAUUUCACCCCUUUAAAGGAUUAAUGUUCGCAUUAUCGAUGCUGGCCUCGAUCAUUGGAGUGUUGUUUUUGACAAUUUCAAUGUCUUAUGUUGUUGAAAUAAAGAUUGGAAGGCUGUCUUGUGGUGUUACAGAGACUAGAGCUGCAGUAAUGGCAUUGAUAAUACUUGUGCCUUUUGGUUUGAUAAUUUAUUUGUCUUCCAUGUCCGCUGCUCUUGCUUACUCUAUCAGAGGAUAGAUUUGUUUUCAUUAAUCUAAAUCUUAUAAUAGAAAAAGGAAAGGAAAUAAAGAAUCAAGGAAUUUUUUUUUUAAAAAAAAAAGAGAAAGAGAGUUUUUCUUUUUCUUUUUCUUUUUCUUGUGUUUUUCUGGUGUGUGAUGAUUGAUGUAUUCUCAAAUCUUGGACUUUAUUCGAUAUUGGAUCAUAGUUGUUCAA